UCUCUCUAUAUUCCAUUCCGUUCACUUGAAACAGAAUCUCUUCUCCAUGCUCCUCUGCAAAUCUGCUUUAAUCUCCGAACCGUACUUAAAUUUUUACAGAGAAAAAAAAAGUCUUAAUGGAAGGUGUUUUGGGUUUACCAGUCAGCGAUGAUGGUGGUGGAGGUGGAGGAGGAGCUUCUUCCGGAAGCUCCGGAAAUGGGUCGAUGUCGACGGUGUCGAAGGCGGAAGUGGUGGAGCAGGACUACGUGGGUAUGUUGUCUGAGGUUUCUUCCUACCCAGCUGAGUCUGAGCUCGAGCUUGGGCUGGGGUUGAGCCUUGGCGGUGCGGGAAAGGCUGCUAAUAAGCCGUCUGCUUGGGGAGAGUAUGGUAGGAUCUUGACGGCUAAGGAUUUCCCUUCUAUUGUCACUCGUGGUGCUUCUGCUUCUUCUUCUUCGUCUCCUGGCACUAUGAGAGCAAAUGCUUCUGUCACUCCUGUCUCUGGUACCAAGAGAGCUGCUGAUUCUACUCCCCAAGAGGUUGGAUCUGGUAAUGGUUCCAGCAGUCAGGUUGUGGGAUGGCCACCUAUUAGGGCUUAUAGGAUGAACAGCUUGGUUAGCCAAGUGAAGGCCUCAUCUGCUGAAGAGGAAGAAUGUAUGAUCACCGGGAAUAACAGAAGUAAGGAUGUCCCAGUGGAGGCUACUAACAAUUGUAACAACAAGAACAAAAGUAGUGUUCAGGAGAAAGGGCGUGUGGCCAGUUCCCUGUUUGUGAAGGUGAACAUGGAUGGUGUACCUAUUGGGAGGAAGGUGGAUCUAAAUGCUCAUAACUGUUAUGAAACCCUGUCUCAAACAUUGGAGGAGAUGUUCCACAGACCCACCACAACCGUUAAUACCAUACGUUCAGGUGGAGAAAUUGAACAAAGUGUAAUUGUGGAAGCAACAAAGCCCUCAAAAUUUUUGGAUGGAUCAUCUGAAUUUGUGCUCACUUAUGAAGACAAAGAGGGAGAUUGGAUGCUCGUAGGAGAUGUUCCUUGGGGGAUGUUCCUUAAUACUGUGAAGAGGCUUAGAAUCAUGAGGACUUCUGAGGCUAAUGGUCUUGCUCCAAGAUUUCAAGAAAGGGAUGGGAGACAAAGAAACAAGCCCAUCUAGUAGUGUCAUCAUUCUCCUUUCUUGGUAAAAUAAGAUGAAGAAAAAUCAAACUUAUAAAAAGUGCUCAAGGAAAAGAAAUGUGGAGACUGAAGAAUCAGAACACUUUGCCACAUGCAGAUCAGUCUCCCAGUGCUUGCUGCCUUGCUGGAUUGCCUUUUUGGUUGUUUUCUCACCCAUUCUCUGGGAAUUAUAGCCUUUAUUUUGAUGCAAGGCAUACACGUUUCGUUUUCACCUUGUCUUAUUACAUGCAUAUGUAGUUGAAGACUUUUUUUUUUUGUUUUUUCCCCCAUACUGUAAAUAUGGAAGUGCUUGAUUGCUAGGAUUUUGAGUUUUGCUGCAAUCUGGAUGGACUCAGCUUUCCUUGGUGUUGAAAGGAAGUUGCAUGGUUUCUAUUGUUUUAAUCUUUCUUCCUGCUUGGUGGCCUUGCCUUACACUUAAAUACUUUUUU